GGUUUCUUUGAUGUUAUCAAUCGUCAAUCCAACAGAUCGGCCGGCAGGCCGCUGAUCGACAAAACAAGGAAAGAAAGCUAGCUAGCUAACUAGCCAAGGAACAGCAAACAACUCUGCUAUAUAAAUGUGAAAUCCGUGUUUCAAUGGCGGAUUCAUCUCCUCCCUAAUCUCUCUUGCUUCUCUUCUCUUUGAUUUGAAUAUAUAGGUAUAUAUUGGUCAUCAUCAGGUUGAUCAGUAACUAGCUAGCACAAGAAUGGAAUCAGCAGCAGCAUCCAUGGCUGACGCUGGUACGAAUCCUGCUGCAUCUGGGAGAAGGGAAGGGGAAGUCAGGCGUCUUCACAUCAUUUACUUCCUCGCUCGUAUGGGCUGCAUCGAACAUCCCCACCUCAUUCGUGUUCAUCAUCUCAAUAGAAACGGCGUUUUCCUGCGAGAUGUGAAGAGAUGGAUGGGGGAGUUGCGGGGCAAAGACAUGCCGGAUUCGUUUUCCUGGUCUUACAAGAGGAGAUAUAAAAGUGGUUAUGUCUGGCAAGAUUUGAUGGAUGAGGAUCUAAUUACUCCUAUAUCCGACAAUGAAUACGUACUCAAAGGGUCAGAAAUUUCUGUCGAUCGUCAUUUUGACGCUUGUAAAGACACCAGGAUCCCCUCCUCCCCGUCCUCCUCGACAUCAUCGUCUCCAAGGGAUAGUGACUGCACCAGUGAGCAACAAGCACCUGAUCAACAUCAUCCAACCACGAACAGAAUGAUCAUCAAUUCCCCCACUUCUCUUGCAACAUAUCCUAGCCUUUCUACCGCGUAUUCAUUCGAGCACUACCCUCGAGAAACCGUGCGCACAAGUGCGGCCAGUUACAAUGCCCAGUCAACAUCGUCAUCACCUCAUCCCUUGCAGUCCCCCUCGAGCUCAAGAAGGAAGAGGAGCCACAAACAUUCCAAUCCCAUCGUUUCCAGAAUUCUGCGUAAACUGACGACUUGCGAGGUCGUUGACACAGAUGACACAGCUCUGGUCGUUCUGAACAAAUCAUCCUCUCGCACUCCGUCCAGUCGACAGAGCUCCACUUGGAAGAAACAGGUUGACAUGCAAUCCAUAUCAUCUGCAACAAAUCACAAAGUUGUGACGGCUGAGACUGAAUUGGAGCUGAAACUACACAGCCGUAAGCAACAUGACAACAGUUCUGCUCGGGAUGACUAUGAGGGAAUAAAAGGGUCAACAAAGGCGCAACGACAACCAGCCAGAUUUUGCAGGGAUUCUGAUGUUUCCGCAGCCUAUAGGCCCGUUGGAGCCCCUACUUGCAUGCAAUGCGGGAAGUCAUUCAGACCGGAGAAGCUGCACCUGCACAUGAUCAGAUCUUGCAAGGGAACAAGACUUACGAAAAAAUAUGCUACGUCUCCUGUGAAUCCUGACAAUAUAACUCGGAACUGUGAAUCAAUAGUGCUUGCUGCAACUUCUUUACCAGAAGUUUUCUCCAAUUAA